AUGUCCAACGUCAUCAUCCACCAGAGAAUCCACACAAGGAGCGGCCCUUUCUGUGCCGACUGUGGGAAGAGCUUCGUCGAGAAGUCGCAGCUCAUCACACACCGCCGGACCCACACAAGGGAGCGUCCCUUCACGUGUACUGAGUGUGGGAAGGGGUUCUCACAGAAGAUCACCCUGAUUACCCACCAGGGAAUCCACACCAGGGAGGAGCCUUACACUUGUCCUCAGUGCAGCAAGAUCUUCAGCCAGAAGGCUAACCUCAUGCGGCACCAGCUGAUCUACUUGCAGGAAGGGCUGUACACAUGCAAAGAGUGUGGGGAGAGCCCCUGA